UUCGACUUCCCCGGGUCCCCCGCGCAGACUUCGGGCUCCUCUCCUCCGCCCCUUCGGAGCCGGCUGCUCCCCCGCCCCGUUGCUCCCCCAUUUGUGUACGCUUUUCUUGGGGGGGGUGACCAAAGGGGAUGUCCUGUUUCCACCAGAGACACAGCGCGAAGGGAAAACUUAUCAGACAUUGGAAGGAGCGAGAAUAAACACCUAAGGACCGACACGCAGAUCGGCGGCUGGGUCGGACACUUCAACUUGGGGAUCCCGAGGCGACUGGAGAUAGUCUGCUUGUAAUUGAAGGAAGCGGCUUCUACUUGGGCGUGGCAGGAAAAGUGAGAAAACCACAUGGAAGACUCCCAGGAUUUAAAUGAACUAUCAGUAAAGAAAACGUGCACAGAAGCUGAUGUUUCAGAACCUCAGAAUUCCAGGUCUAUGGAAAUGCAGGACCUGGCAAGUCCUCAUGCUCUUGUCGGAGGUAGUGAUACUCCUGGUAGCUCCAAACUGGAUAAACCUAAUCUCAGCAGCACAUCAGUCACUACAAACGGGACAGGAGUGUCUCUUCUUGCAGUCAAAACAGAGCCUUUGAACAGCAGUGAAACCACAACCACGACUGGAGAUGGAGCGCUUGACACUUUUACUGGGUCAGUAAUAACGAGUAGUGGCUACAGCCCCCGGUCAGCGCAUCAGUACUCCCCUCAGCUGUACCCAUCCAAGCCCUAUCCACACAUUCUUUCUACACCAGCAGCUCAAACAAUGUCUGCCUACGCGGGCCAGACUCAGUAUUCAGGAAUGCAGCAGCCCGCCGUCUACACAGCCUACUCACAGACCGGACAGCCCUACAGCCUGCCCACUUACGAUCUGGGUGUGAUGUUGCCAGCCAUCAAGACUGAGGGUGGCCUUUCCCAAACUCAGUCACCAUUGCAGAGUGGCUGCCUCAGUUACAGCCCAGGGUUUUCGACCCCACAACCGGGCCAGACACCUUACUCUUACCAAAUGCCAGGUUCUAGUUUUGCACCAUCGUCUACUAUUUAUGCAAAUAAUUCAGUUUCGAAUUCAACAAGUUUCAGUGGUUCACAACAGGAUUAUCCAUCCUAUACAGCCUUUGGCCAAAACCAGUAUGCACAGUAUUACUCAGCAUCAACGUAUGGAGCGUAUAUGACGUCAAAUAACACCGCCGACUGCACGUCAUCAUCAACCUCCACUUAUCAGUUGCAAGAAUCUCUGCCGGGGCUGACUACCCAACCAGGAGAGUUUGAUACUGUGCAGAGCCCCUCUACACCCAUCAAAGAUCUUGAUGACCGAACAUGUAGGAGUUCCGGAUCAAAGUCCCGAGGAAGAGGCCGGAAAAAUAACCCCUCCCCACCUCCCGACAGCGACCUAGAGCGUGUGUUUGUCUGGGAUUUGGAUGAAACCAUCAUUGUUUUUCACUCACUCCUCACCGGGUCUUAUGCACAGAAGUAUGGCAAGGAUCCCCCCAUGGCUGUAACCCUAGGACUCCGAAUGGAGGAAAUGAUUUUCAAUCUUGCUGAUACACAUUUGUUUUUUAAUGAUUUAGAGGAGUGCGAUCAAGUUCAUAUAGAUGAUGUGUCCUCUGACGAUAACGGGCAGGACUUGAGUACCUACAGUUUUGCAACUGAUGGCUUCCAUGCAGCUGCAAGUAGUGCAAACCUUUGUUUGCCAACAGGUGUAAGAGGAGGAGUGGACUGGAUGAGGAAGUUGGCUUUUCGUUACAGAAGAGUAAAAGAGUUAUAUAACACCUACAAGAACAAUGUCGGAGGACUCCUUGGCCCUGCCAAGAGGGAUGCCUGGCUGCAGCUGAGGGCAGAGAUUGAAGGCCUGACAGAUUCCUGGCUCACAAAUGCACUUAAGUCUUUAUCGAUUAUUAGUACUAGGAGUAACUGUGUAAAUGUCUUGGUAACAACAACCCAACUGAUCCCAGCACUGGCCAAGGUUCUCCUCUAUAGCUUAGGAGGUGCUUUCCCCAUUGAAAAUAUUUACAGUGCAACUAAAAUAGGAAAAGAAAGUUGCUUUGAACGAAUAAUGCAAAGGUUUGGCAGAAAAGUAGUAUAUGUUGUAAUUGGGGAUGGUGUAGAAGAAGAACAGGCAGCAAAAAAGCACAACAUGCCCUUUUGGAGGAUAUCGAGUCACUCGGACCUCUUGGCUCUUCAUCAAGCACUGGAAUUAGAGUAUUUGUAACUGUGUUCUCUAGCUGGAGAUCCAUGUUUUUUAUAUUUCAAGUACACUGAAUUUUUAUGUGUGAUUCAAUGCCUCUGGCUCUACACAUAUAAAUUGUCUUAAAGGAUGAAAUCGUAUUCGGGAUGAGAAUUCCAGAAUGAAGAAUUCAGAUUGCUGAAUGGAAUUAAACUUUAGUGCUACAGAAAGGAAACUCUAUGGUCUUACAUUUGCAACAUGUUAAUGUUUUUUUUAAAAAAAAAAAUCUGUGGAAGUUGCUGAUGCACAAGGAAUGAGUCCUAACUGGAACGAACAGCUUUAGCAAAGAACGCUUAACCCUCCCAAGCAGCAGCACCUGAGCUCCAUGUGACAAGGUGAUCAACAACAUUCCUCAAAAUGGGAGUUCUCUCAGCCCUGAGGUUUGAAUCUGACUUUAGCCUACCUAGCCCAGAAAAUCUGAAUUGGAAUGCACUCAGACUGUAUAAGGACAGUCCUAUCUAGACCUGUAAUUUGUGUAAAUUAUCUAUGAAAAUAAUUUACUGUGACUCUGUUAGCAGCUGACUUUGAAAGUGGAUGCAAUUUUUCUUUCAUUUGUCCGGGAGGGGAAGGGAGGGGAAACGGGAAUAUAAUAUUGUCUCUUCUUUAAGUUUGGCAGACAGAAUGUUCAUAUUGAUGUGUUGUGCCUUAAAGACAAGACAGCAUUUGUGUGUUACAAUGUAACUUUGGUUUAAAAAAAAGUCUCUGUAGAUAAUGAAAAACUAAAUCCUUUGUACUAAUUAUUAAUAUGACCAAAUUUAAAAUUUAAGCUAUCAAAGUGUACUACUACAUCAACAAGAAACCAAGUAUUUGUUGCAAAAAGAAGCCAGUAGUAAUAAGGGAAAGCCUGUAUUUUGCUUGGGUUCUUAAUAAUUCCAAUAUUGUGUGAGGCAAUUAUCUGUGCAUCCAACCAUAAGGAGAAAGUUUAGGAGAGACGUGGGACCUUACAUAGAAAGUAAAAUGUGUGUUGAACUCUCAAGUAUCUUUUCUUCCUGACGAAAGCUAAGGGCCAUAUUCAUGACAACUUGCACAAUUUUGAGUUUGAGACUUUUGGUCCAUGUGAAUUCUGUAGAGAAAUGAAAAUUAUUGCCUGUUAUCAACCAAAUGAGUUUAGAAUAUGCUGUGGACAUAAAAUCCACAUUGAGUAAAUAUGACUUAAGUACAACUAAGUACACUUAUUCCCAGAGUCACUUGAGAAAAUGAAUUGUCAUCAGUCAUGAAAGGUGGAUGCACCAGAUGGCUUUGAAGAAGUGAAGCGAGUAUGAAAAUUUCACCUAGAAUAUUAUCGUAGAGCUAAAUUAGCAAGUGAGCCACAUCUUGGCAGCUUUACCCAAUUACAACAGUGAAAUAGUACUGGUUCUGUCUUAACACAUCAAUCCAAGGUCUUUGCAUUGCAGUCUUGGGUGUGCUGGUUUUUGCCUGCUCUGUUCCUAAACAGUGACUGCAUUCAUUGCAGUGAGGACCUAUCAUUGUUGCAUUUGCAUGUUUUUUUUCUUGGUGUGUACCCCUUGUUGGCAACACGAUUCAGGUUCUCCCGUCAUUUUCUAUGACAUGAUGUCCCUUGUAGAAAUUUAAGACUUUCAGAUCUAAAGUGUUCUGGUGGUGUCAGCACCUGCAGCUGUGUAUUUAAAAUGGCAAGGAUACAGAGUUGUAACUGAUUCUCAGUAGUUUGUGCACUAAAAUCUUUAAUAUUUAUUACUGCUAUUAAAAAUUAUUUUUGGCUGUAUAACCAGUUUCCUUCAAAGACAGAAUUAUUACGCUAUAUCUAAAUUUUUGGAUUCAGUUUUUGUAUCAAGUAAGCAAGCCCUCUUAUGUUGCUAAAGGUGCGGGUACAGAAAGAAACACCAAGAAGCUAUCUGAUCGUAUCUCCCAGUGCUUCUUAACACACACACGCACACACACACACACACACACACACACACACACCCCUUUCUUUCUGGUUAUAUGUGCAGAAAGCCUGAAUGUGACAUUGGCACAGAACAGCUUGGGAGAUGCCAAGCCACAGGCAUGGCCUGGUCAUGUGACUUUUAAGCACGCUGAAAGUAGAACUCGUCCCUCCCUGUCUUAGAAGCAGAAAGUCCUCUUCCUUUCUGGUCAGAAAACAAGACAAAUCAAUAAAUAACCUAGCUCUUUGCCAGUUCUAUUUACUUGUGGAAUAUUGUGCCUUAUUGUGAACUAGUUUGAAAAGUCUUCUGUAUCUAGAAAGGAUUUUUGGCUUAAAUUUACCAAGAUGAUCUGUCACUAGGGAAGAUAACCACCUGUGUUGCACCUUAAAAAAAAAAUCAAGGCUGUGUAAUCAGUAAUAACAUAGGUGGCCUGGCUGUGACAUUAUAGCUUAUGACAAUGACACUAUAUCCCUGAAAAUGUAUAAAUCAGAUUCAGAGACAAAAAUAUUUUAGAAUCGUACAGUUUAUUUGCAAAGAAAUAGGAACAACUGUCUCUAAAAAUGCUUUUUUCUUUAGUCUCUGAUGGGCUAAGGUUCAAAAUAAUGACAGCAGCAUGCUCCACUAUGAAGUUGUUUUUGUAAAGCACAUUUGUCUGUGACCUGCCUGCGUUUUCCAUGAAUAUGGCACCUGGUAUUUCUUUUUAAACAGACAUAAGCAUCAUUGAGCCAAAGUUGCAUUUUGACUCCCAACUAUGGCAGAAUUGUGGAAAUCUCGCAGUCCAAGUCAAGGGAUUCUGUUAUGUAUUAGCAAAGUAUGGAUUAUUGGGGCCUCCCUAAUUUAAAGAAAUGUAAAU